AUGAAGGCGCACAUUAACAUGACCAGACUUGACGUUCGGUACAGUAAAUCCCCGUUUGCUGCAGAAUACGCCAAUCUCCCUGCAGGGCGUGAACCACAGACGCAUCCUCCCUCUCUCUCCCUCUGUCCUGUCACUCCCGGUUGUUGGCCUGGGACACACCGGACAGGAGCUGAUGAGGAGAGGCUCACAGCUGCUGCGGAGGAACCAUGUGACACUGAGACCAGGAAGAACCUCAAGCCUCCCUGUAGAACCAGCGCGCAACCGAGACCCGUCUGGACUGGAGCAGGCUGCCGCAGGACGAAGAUGGGAUGCUCGUGUUUGCUCGGCUUGUGUCAGUAUGAAACCACCAAACUGGUCCGCAUCAGGAGCGUGCGUCUCGGCUCUCUGAAGUGGGUCCUGAACUCUGCCAUCCUGUUCGUCAUAUGUGUGAUGCUGCUGUGGAACCGCAGGUACCAGGAGGUGGAUCUGGUCGUGAGCUCCGUGACCACCAAAGUGAAGGGCGUGUCUCAGGUGUCUCUACCCGGGAUCGGAGCCGUGGCCUGGGACACGGUGGACUACAGCCCCCCCUCACAGGAUAAAAACUCGUUCUUUGUGACAACCAAUGUGAUCGUGACCAGAAACCAGCGGCAGGGAAAGUGUGCAGAGGUUCCCUUCAGGGGUCGACUGUGCCGUUCUGACAGAGACUGCGAGAAAGGACUGUGGGAGAUUCAGAGCCACGGGAUCCAGACAGGAGCAUGUGUGAAGUUUGACGUUCUGAAGAAAACCUGUGAGAUAUCCUCCUGGUGCCCUGUGGAGUCCAGGACCAGUCCUCCCAGACCCGCUCUUCUGGCUGCAGCUGAGAACUUCACAGUCCUCAUCAAGAACAACAUCCGCUUCCCGGCUUUCAAUUACAUCAGGAGGAAUAUUCUCCCGUGGAUGAACGGCUCGUAUCUGAAAGCGUGUGAGCGUAAACAUGACCCUCUGUGCCCCAUCUUCAGGCUGGGGGACAUGGUGAAGGCGGCGGGGGAGAACUUCAAGGAGCUCGCCAUAGAGGGGGGCGUCAUUGGCAUACAGAUCAAAUGGGACUGUGACCUGGACCGGCUCACACAGCACUGCCUCCCGGUCUACAGCUUCAGGAGACUGGACGAGAGAGAAUCCAACAAGACUCUGUACCCAGGACUCAACUACAGGUUUGCGCGGUACCAUGUGGUGAAUGGAGAGGAGGAGCGGACCCUGUACAAGGCCUUUGGAAUCCGCUUUGAAGUCAUGGUGUUCGGGCAGGCCGGACGCUUCAGCUUCAUCCAGCUCAUCCUCUACAUCGGCUCCACUCUGUCCUACUACGCUCUGACCACAGUGUUGCUGGACUGGCUCAUUGAAAGCAGCUGUUACUCCUCAGAGGCGGGACAAAAGUAUUCAGAGCGAAAGGUGGAGGCGCUUCAGGACACGCCCCGGGGGAUGCUGUGUGUGUCCUUUGUGGACGAGGAGCGGUUACGUUUGGUGAAGCGGCCGCAGAAGAAAAGUCUGCAGAACACCAAACCUCUGUCGUUCCAGAGCAGGACGGAGGAUCCUGGACAUUUCACAGCAGUCGUGUCGCUGCUUCAGUCAGACCCUCAGAUUCAUCCUCUCAGUGGCAGUGGCCCCUCCCCCUCUCCUCCGCCCUGGUGUAAGUGCAGUGGCUGUAGUUCCACACCAAUGCUGGUGGAGGCGCUGUGCUGUCGUGUGGGGCCUGGUCCCUGCCUCUCGUCCUCCCCUCUGUUCGAGCGUCUGGUGUUGGACCGUGCGCUGCUGGAGUUCUGUCUGCAAUACAGUGACCCCAUGGGCGCCACCUGCAGGAGCACCAGGGAGCUGCGGCACUGUGCUGUCUCCCAGUUCCUCCGCUGGAGAGUGGGCCCCGCAACGCCUCAGGCCCCCCCUGUCGUCCCACGCUGCUGCAUUCUCAGGAUACGCAAACGCUACCCCAGCCAGGACGGACAGUACAGCGGCUUCAAACCCAUCGGAGCACAGGAGGGCAGAGCCUGGACAGCAGCAGCCAAUGAGAACGGAGCAGAGGAGAAACUAGGAAUCCUGCUCUUCCCCUCUUCAAUACUUUGGAACAUCACACUGCUCAGAAUGCUCCUGCUCCUCCUGCCUCUGCUCUGCUCCUGCCUGCUCUACAGCCCUGUCUCUGGGGGCAAAGUCCUGGUGUACCCGCUGGACGGCUCGCACUGGGUCAACAUGCUGGUGCUGGUGGAGGAGCUUCACUCUCGUGGCCAUGAGGUGACCGUCCUGCGGCCCCUCGACACCUGGUACAUCAAGGCCCAGUCCCCCUUCUACCGAACCAUCAACAUCAACUGCACCGUCGGAUUCAGCGAGAAAGAGUUUGGAGAGUUUGCCGCAAACUUGGUCCGUCUGCAGAGAGAGGGCGCAUCGGUCUGGACGCGCAUUUCUCUGGAGAUUGAAAUUGUCCAAGCGUUUUACGAGAUGAACCGGCAAACUGUGCUGAUGCUGGAAGAAGUGUUUGAAAACCAGAAGCUGAUGAAGCAACUGAAGGACGCGCAGUACGACCUGGUUCUGACAGACCCUGCGAUCGGGGCUGGGGUCAUGAUAGCGCACAGGCUCAAGCUUCCUCUGGUGCUGAAUGUGCGCUGGACCAUCCAAGGAGAGGGCCACCAAGCCAUCGCACCCAGCCCCCUGUCCUACGUGCCCAUCCCCAUGACCAUGCUCACCGACCGAAUGGACUUCAUGCAGAGGGUUAAAAACAUGUUGAUCUUUUUCUUCACACGAUUCCAGAUCUGGUACGUGACCGACCCCAACUACAAGCCGUUCGUGCACAAAUACUUCGGUCCUGACGUCCACUACAUGGAGCUGAUACAGUCGGCGGACAUCUGGCUCAUGCGUAACGACUUUACCUUCGAGACCCCGCGGCCCACCAUGCCCAACGUCGUCUACAUGUCCGGGUUCCAGUGCAAACCGUCCAAACCCUUGUCUCCGGAGCUGGAGGGUUUCGUCCAGAGCGCGGGAGAGCACGGCGUGAUCAUCAUGACCUUAGGAACUCUGGUUGCACAACUUCCGCAGGACAUCACCGAGGAGAUCGCCGCGGCUUUCGCUCAACUGCCUCAGAAAGUGGUGUGGAGACACAAGGGGGACAAGCCGUCUACUCUCGGGAACAACACUCUGAUGGUGGACUGGCUACCUCAAAACGAUCUCCUCGGACACCCGCAGACCAAGCUCUUUGUGGCGCAUGGAGGAACCAACGGGAUCCAGGAGGCCAUAAACCACGGCGUGCCUCUGGUGGGACUGCCUCUCAUGUUCGACCAGCAGGAUAACUUCUUCAGGAUGGAGGCUCGCGGAGUGGCAAAAGUGGUAGACGUGUCCAAAGUGAACAGAGACGUGUUCCUGGAGGCGCUGAAGGAGGUGCUGUAUGAUCCCAAAUACAGAAACAACAUGCAGCGUCUGUCAGCUCUGCACCGGGACCAGCCCAUGAAGCCCAUGGAGCGAGCCAUGUUCUGGAUCGAGUUUGUCAUGAGACACCGAGGAGCCAAGCAUCUCAUCACCGAGUCUUACAAACUGUCACAGGUGCAGUACUACAGUCUGGACGUGGCGGCGUUUCUGUUGGCGAUAGCGACACUAAGUUUGUACGUUUUCACAAAGACACUCAAAGUCCUGUGGAGGGCACUGUUUGCAAGAAGCAAAUCUAAAAAGGAAUGA